CUAACUUCUGAGUUAACAAGUGAACAGCUUCUUUAGCCUUAAAAAUGCUAAAAAAGAAGUCAAACAGCACCGAAAAGAAAAGGAAAUCCCAAUCUGAUGAACGGCACGACGCUGGUAAACGCAGAAGCACCGAAUCCAACUUGGAGGACUCCAAGGAUGAGCUUGCUGACGCAGAGCUGGACAGGAUUGGCAGUGACAUUGAGGAAGGAGGACUGGACCUCAGCCUGCCUUUCCAGCCUAUCACAGCUUAUGUCACUAACAAGAAAGAGAUGCUGGAGCAGUGUUUCCACGUGCUGGGGGAGAAGAAGCUGCGGAAGAUGUUGCCUGAUGAACUCAAGGACUGUGGUUUAGAGGAAAUCAGAAAGCUGUGUUGGGAACAACUGGAGCAGAUCUCAGAGAAAAAUGUUAUGCAUAUUCUAGCAGGGGAAGAACUGACAUCUGGAAAUUGUGAUGAAAACACAGAGACUUCUGAGAGCCAGCAAGACAAUAAUGUGGACUCUACAUCUUGCCUCAAAGAAACUGCAAAAACUGAGGACCCAAAGCAAGAGGGUGGUGGCUCAGGUGAGGAGAGCGACGUUCUAAGCAUAAAUGCAGACACUUACGAUAGUGACAUAGAGGGACCCAAAGAGGAACAGUCUGUUAAAGCUGAGGUCGGGGCAGUAAAAGUAGGGGACAACAGUGGGGUAAGCACAGAGCCGGCAAAUCCAGAGCCUCCCACGGACUCUAAACCAACAGAGGCAAAGAAAGACAUCCAAAGUGACAUAGACAAAAGUGUCAGUGAGAUUUUAGCAUCCUCCUCCACUUCAAGCAAAGAGGAAGCGAAAGAACAGAGCACACCACUGCUGUCUGCAGACGUCAGUUCACCUGUUGAAGGUGGAUCCGUUUCAAGUUGUGUGCCGGCGGCAUGUCAGCCGUCAAUUCAGCAACUGGAGCUGCUGGAGUUGGAAAUGAGGGCCAGGGCCAUCAAGGCUCUGAUGAAAGCGAGUGAUGGGAAAAAGCUUUCUGUCGCAAAACAUGUUUAACAUGUUCUCAUUAUUUUUGUAUGGUUUGAUGGGUUUUAUAGACUGUGUAUAAUUCAGGUCACAGACGAAAGACUUGAAUCAUACCUCACAACAUUCACAGCGUAGUACUGAUAGUCUUUUUAUGAACCCUGAAUUAUUGUUCUUUGAAAUGACCCUUUAAAACAUGUUGUGUUAUUACUCCAUAUUGGAAUGUUGUAAAUAUUUACUGCUAAAUUAAACAAAUCAAGGUCUGCCCUACA